AUGAUCGCAGUUGUUAGCAUGAUUGCAAUCGUAAUCUCUUCAACGGUCAUAGACAAGUUUGGUCGUCGCCCACUGCUUUUGCUAGCUUUUACUGGUUGCUUAUUCUGCAAUUUCCUCAUCUUCUUAUUAAUGUUCACUUUUGGCAAAUACGGUCACAACAUUUUGGGUUUCAUUCUGAUAUUCGUUAUUUGCGUGUUUAUCAUAUUCUUCGCUAUUGGACCUGGCCCACUCUGUUAUUUUAUCAACGCCGAACUUGUGGGGCAGGCAGCACGAAGCGGAGCGCAAAGCUGGGCCAGCGUUGUUCAGAUGCUAAGGUAGGC